CUUGGCUCGCGUUGGAUAUUGGAUGUCCAUGCUACUCGUAACGCAUGAGCAUACCAGUCUUGACUUUCUAUAUCAGUAGGCAUAACCCUCUGGAGUGUCAGUUCCUCUUUCUCUCCAGGUCAUCAUUGUCCGGCGCCGAAAAUCACCAUUUGCUCCCCAAACAGUGCUCCUCGUCAAGAUAACCACUCGCAAAGUACCCGUUUGAUAUUCACACCUCUUCUACAAGAUGGCAACUUCCACCUUGAACCCUCAACCGGUCCCCAACCCACCGACAUCGUCCUAUGUACCAUUUCAGUCCCAACCCAGCAUUAUCGAAGAGGUCGCUGCAAACCAACAGCACCUCCGCGAGCGUCUAGCUGGCGCUCUCUUCCGACCCCCACCAAACAUCCCUGCUGAGGCUCUGCCCAGUGUCCCACUCAUCGACAUCGGCCCAUCCUUCGACGGCACUCUCGAAUCUCGAAAAGCUGUUGCGGCCAAGAUCCGUGAGGCCUGCCUAACAACAGGCUUCUUCCAGAUCAGCAACCAUGGCAUCAGCCCGGAAGCCAUGGCCGGCGUCCUGAAGCAAGCAGAGCGCUAUUUCCACGAGUUGACCCUCGAGCAGAAAGAGGCAAUGCACGUCAAGCUCUCGCCUCUCUUCCGUGGCUACGAACCUCACGACUUCUCAUACGUCAACCCAGAUGACGAGGGCGCUGCUCAGGAGACCAAAGAGUGCUUCAACUGGGGAUACGAAGACGCAUUCGACCCCACCGGUGGCGAUGGGAAGUACCGAGAAAUCGACGGCUCCGUGGCUGCUGGCAAAUAUGCCGGUAACGUUUGGCCUACCGAAGAACAAUUGCCAGGCUUCUACGACGCGAUCAAGCUCUACUAUGGGCAAGUCAUGACCUGCUCACGCCAUCUGUUCCGCCUGUUCGCGCUCUCACUCGGUCUGGAGGAGGACUAUUUCGAUGAACUAAUCACCCAUCCGGGCGGCAUUGCCAGAUUGUUGUACUACAAGAGCAACCCGACUCCCGAAAACGCGCAGGAGAAGUCUGAGGAGCAGUUGGAACAAGAAGCGAAACUCGGAUUGGGUGCGCACACAGAUUAUGAGUGCUUUACCCUGCUGUUGAACUCGGCCAACCCAGGUCUGGAGAUCUUGUUCCCGCCGAGCCCAUUGACGAACAACAAGCCCAUCUGGCGACCUUGUCCUGUCCGGCCGGGCACUCUGACUGUGAAUGUGGCGGACUUCUUGAUGCGCUGGACCAACGGCCUGUACAAGUCGACCAUCCACCGUGUUGUGAGCAAGCCGGGUGGUGGAGAGAGAUAUUCCGUCCCAUACUUUUUCAGUAUCAACUACGAUAGCGAGGUGCUGCCACUGCCGGAGCGGUGUGUGGGCAAGAGCAACUAUCGGCCGAUGAAGGCGGGUGAGUACGUGCUGGAGAGAUUGAGGGCAACGGCGGUGCUGAACAAGGAGAACAAAUAAUUGGGACAGAUAGUCGAUGUGUAUAUGAUGGAAUAUAUCGAUUUCAAAA